GCAUUGUGGGAGCUUCCGGUUCUCUCCGUGUGACAUUGGAGCGGUGAGGUAACGUGCUGUUCCAGAUUUCUCAGCUUGUGCCUGGAAAGAGUUUGUCCGGAUGGGUGCGACCACAUCCAGUCCUGCGGCAACAGUGAGCGCCGAGGGAAUGGCAGCCCCUCAUCUCAGCCUUGAUGCGAAACAGCCUUCCUCUGAUGCUGUUCACAAAGCACAUCCUGGAGCUUCCCUCUCAGGGACCCCCCCACCGGAGUGUCCCAUGCACAAGGCGGUACCUGCUGCUGCAGCUGAAGUGGUUGGGGCCCCCUCUGCCGGGCCUGCACAUCAAGAUCGGGCUUAUGAAUUUGUGGAGUGUCCUAUGAGGGCUGCCUCUGGGUCCCCCAAAGAUCUUGGUGACAUUGAUCCUGCAAACAUGAUGCCCCCACCAAACCAGCUUCCUGCUCCUGAUCAGCCAUUUUCUCUGGGUAUGACCCGGGAGGAGUCCACAAUUCCACGUGCUGGAACACACAAGAACUGGGUCUACCCUUCUGAACAGAUGUUCUGGAAUGCUAUGCUUCGCAAGGGGUGGCGUUGGAAGGAUGAUGAUCUUACCCAACGGGACAUGACAAACAUCAUCAAAAUUCACAACCAAAACAACGAGCAGGCAUGGCAAGAAAUCCUGAAAUGGGAAGCACUCCAUGUAAAGGAGUGUCCAUGUGGACCUUCUCUGAAACGGUUUGGAGGGAAAGCUAAGGAGUUCUCUCCAAGGGCCAGGAUUCGUAGUCUAAUGGGCUACGAGUUGCCAUUUGACAGACAUGACUGGAUAGUAGACCGCUGUGGGAAAGAAGUGCGAUAUGUUAUUGAUUACUAUGAUGGAGGUGAGGUGGACAAGCACACGUACCAGUUCACCAUCCUCGAUGUACGCCCUGCAUUCGAUUCUCUUGGAGCUGUGUGGGAUCGCAUGAAAGUAGCUUGGUGGAGGUGGAGCUCAUAAGUUCAUGCUUUACAGUUUGGGGAUAAAGGGAAAUUGAAAUUAAUAGAAAGUUUGACUCUGUAUUAAGUGAAGGUAACGUUGCUGCCGGCAGUGCACAAGAAGCAUACUAAUCUAAGAAGUGUGCAACCAGUAUGCAAUAAACCACUGAGCUCUUGAGGGACACCUGUUACAGACAAUGGAUGCAGGUGAAACAGGUUUUAUCAUCAGUGAACGUUUUGUUUUUAAUUAACAUCCAUACCUUCAUUACAUUUAAUUUCUCUUCUGAAAAAUACAUACAUUCAUUUGUGCUGUGUGUGAACUGUUAUAACAAGUUAACUUUGAUUAGCAAAUUAUUGCUGCCUUAGCAGUUAAGUCAACUGAUUUGGAUUACAAUUUACAUGUUCCAUACAAGUUAAUGCCCACUUGCAAAUGUUAACCAGCAGUCUUUCAUUUUAAAAAAUUUCAUCAAAUCAUUAAUCUGAAUUAAAUAGGAAAUAUUGUAUUAAUACUAACCUUUUCUUUUACUUGGAACCUAUCGUGCAGUUUUUUUGUUCAGAGAAUUGCAAAUACUCAAACAUGUUUGUCCAGUAGUGGAAACCUCUAGUCUAUCAAGUUUUUGUCCAAAUAAUGUAAAAUGACUUUACCUGUGCAGAGUUCAUGUUCGCCCUGAUUUUGGUCACUUUUUCUGACUAAGCUGGUUCUGAUGUACCUUGAAUACAUUCAGCUGGGUGAAUUUGAGUUUGGUGAAACAAGAUGAAUUUUAACAUUCAUCAUUCAGUUUUAUUGAUUGCAGUAGAAUACAUUUUCUGUUUCAUGAGCCUGAAGGCAAACUCCAUUGAUUUAUGCAAAUGUAUCACUUGGUUUGCAAUGGCAGGCUUUCAUUAAUUUUUUUUUUUUUUUUUUUUUCCGUGAGUCUCAUGAGUGUAUAUUACUUGUAUAAUACUUCAUAACCACUUUCUGGAAGGAUAUGUUAUCAAUGGGAUUUUCCAUUUUGGUUCACUGUACCUUUUUAGUGUUUAUAAUGGCACUGUGUGCUAUGUUGAAUGUCUGAAAUGUGAAUGUUUGUAAUGUACAUUUUCAGUUUUGGAAAAAAAUUUUCUGAGGAUUUCUUGAGGUAUCAGUACCUUGGGGUCAGUGCAGCAGAUUUAAAUUUUCUCAUUUUCUUUCCACUAUAAAGGUAGGAGUGACUAACUCCAGAUACUGUUUAUGUUCUGUGGAGUGUAUCUUUAUGGGCUAAAAACAGGGAAAACCCAAAGAUACAGUCUAACAGAAGAUUUUGUGGGACAAGUGAACAUUGUCACCAUUUUUCUGCUUUUUUGAGAGGACAUUAGAAACAACAUGACUUCUGGUAAAAAAAAUAUAUUUUUUGUCUCUAUUAGUUUCUAAGACUUGGUGCACUCAUGAAUUCGUACUUGCGUCCAUCAGAAACAACUGGAUUGAUAAAAAGUAGUCAGUAUUCUUUUGAUUCAGAAUUUUAAAAUUAAGCAUACAAUGUCAGAAAUUUCACCAUAGGUUUAUUAAGCCUCUGCUUCAGAAUUGUAAUCCUGAUGGAAAACUUAUUUAUGAAAACGGUUUUGUUGCUAUACAAAUACUGUUUACAAACAUUAAAUAAAAUGUGCA